CUGGUUUUCAGGAAAAAAAAAAAAAAAAAAAAAAAACCCUUUUUUGAUUAAAACCCUGGUAAAAGCGUUUUUCGUUUUUGUCUUUUUUGGGGUUUUUGAAUUUUGAAGAAAGCAAUGAAGUUCAGGUAUGCAAUGGUGUGUUCGUCGAACCAGAAUCGAAGCAUGGAAGCUCACUCUUUGCUGAAGAGACAGGGCUUCGAAGUGUGUUCCUAUGGUACCGGCUCUCACGUCAAGCUUCCCGGACCUUCCCUUCGGGAACCCAAUAUCUAUGAUUUCGGUACUCCUUACAAACAGAUGUUCGACGAUCUCCGCCGCAAAGACCCCGAGCUUUACAAACGAAAUGGCAUUUUGCCUAUGCUUAAGAGAAACUCUGGUGUGAAACUGGCUCCUCAGCGGUGGCAAGAUAACGCUGUUGAUGGCUUUUUUGACAUCGUGUUUACAUUUGAGGAAAAGGUUUUUGAUAUGGUAAUUGAAGAUCUUCACAAUCGUGAUCAUAUUCUGAUGAAAAGUGUGCUGAUUAUCAAUUUGGAGGUAAAAGACAACCACGAGGAGGCAGCAGUUGGAGCUCGUCUGGCUUUAGAUCUUUGCCUAGAGAUUGAAGCAGCUGACUCAUGGGAGGAAUCCAUCGAUGACAUUCUGACCGCUUUUGAGAAACAGAACCGGCGGAAGUUGUUGUAUAGCAUCUCCUUUUAUUAAAAUUGUAUAACAUUUCUUGCUGAUAAUGUACGCGUUUAGACCUUCAUUUGUUCAUUUUAUAAGAUUGUUGUACGAAUUUCCAUUUUCAGUAUAAAGGUUAUAUAUUCAGUUUUGGAUGCAA